CUGCGGGGGCGGCCCCGGGACGCGCUCGGUGCCCACGCAGCAGCCGUUGCCCCGUGUCCGGCCGUCCCUGCGGGUCGUGCCGCCCACGGCCGCGGCUCCCAGCCCCGGCCCCGCCCGCAACGGGGGCCGGGGCCGCCCGGGCGAUCCCGCCCCCGCCCGCAUUCGCGCCCGGGAGCCCUUGCGGCGGGGCGGUCCCGGCGGUCCCGGCGAUGCUGGCGGCGCGGCGUGCGGGAGUGGCGCUGCGGCGGGGCCGGCUGCCCGCGGCGGGGGCCGGGGCCGGGGCGGGGUCGGUGCAGCCGCGGGGCCCCCCACGCCCCGUCGGGCCCACGCCGCGCGCCGUGGACCUGCGGAGCGAUACGGUGACCCGGCCCUGCGCGGGGAUGCGCCGCGCCAUGGCCCGCGCCGCCGUGGGCGACGACGACUACGGGGAGGACCCGGCGGUCAACGAGCUGCAGUGCCUGGCCGCAGGGAUCCUGGGGAUGGAGGAGGCUCUUUUUGUGCCCACGGCCACGAUGGCGAACCUCAUCGCCGUGAUGUGCCACUGCCAGCGCAGGGGGGCUCAGAUGCUCCUGGGCCGGGACUCCCACCUGCACCUCUACGAGCACGGCGGGGCCGCGCAGGUCGCUGGCGUCCACUCCCAGGCACUGCCGGACCUGCCAGACGGCACCUUCGACCUGGACCAGCUGGAGCUGACCAUCCGUGAGGCACACGGCAGCCGGUACCACCCGCGCCCCGAGCUCAUCUGCCUGGAGAACACACACAGCUCGGCGGGGGGCCGGGCGCUGCCCCUCACCUACCUCCAGCAGGUCCGUGGACUCGCUGACCGCUAUGGGCUGCGGGUGCACAUGGAUGGAGCGCGGCUGAUGAACGCGGCAGUGGCCCAGGACGUGGAGCCAGCUCGUAUCGCCCAGCACUGCGACUCCGUGUCCCUGUGCUUCUCCAAGGGCCUGGGUGCCCCGGCCGGCGCGGUGCUGGCUGGACGCAAGGAGUUUGUCGCUGAGGCCUGGCGUGUGCGGAAGCUGCUGGGCGGGGGGAUGCGGCAGGCAGGCGUGCUGGCUGCUGCGCUGGAGCACGCAGAAGUGACGCUGCGCAGAGACCACGACAACGCCCGACGCUUUGCCGAAGGCAUCCAGGGGCUGAACUCACCUGUCUGCUCUGUCGACCUCGUGGCGGUGGAAACAAACAUCGUGAUGGUGAGCAUCAGGGGGGGCUGGCCGUCCCCCACAGAGCUCUGUGAGCACCUGCGGGCAGUGAGUGAGGAGGAGUUGGCCGAGACCGGCCAGGCUGUCAGCGUCCUGCUGUUCCCCUGGUCGGCGCACGCCGUGCGCGCGGUCUGGCACCGUGACAUCUCGGCCCAUGACACCGAGCUCGCAAAGAACAAGCUGGCGUUUGUGGCCAGGAAGUGCCAGGAGAAGCUGGCCCUGGGACUGCGUCCGACUCCUCCGAGUGCAGGGGGGGCCUGAGCAUCCUCCCAGCCCCAGCCCGGGGGCAGCUGCCUCCCCUUGCCUGCUGCAGGCAAGCUGGCGGGCUGGGGCGGCUGUCCCAACCCUGUCCUGGCAGCCAGCAGCAAAGGGGCUGGGACCAGCCAGAGCGUGCUCCAGGCAUGUUCCCAAACGGCUGCAGCGCAACAUCCACCCCUGCGUGCAGCCCUGCAAACUGGCGUGAGCCCAGCUCCAGGGAGACCCCAGCCCACCCCCCCCCCAGUGUGAGCACUGCAUCUCCCGGGGCGGGGGGAGUGCCUUCGCAGAUGUGCCCAGAGGGACAGAGGGGAGCCCACAUCUCACGCUGCCACCCAGACCCCUCCAAGGCAGCGUCCCUGCCCCGCUAGUCAUCCUGCAAACGCAUUCUCAGAGCACCCUCUAGUCCUCUACAGAAGCAGAGCUUCUGUAACUCAGGUCCUGCAGACAGCACCCAAAAGCAGAGCCAGGCACCCCCCACCCCAAAGGCCACACGCGGUGCCUGGCCCACACGCACCACAAGUGUGCAAGGAUGCGGCAGGGAGAUGGAUCCCGAGGGAUGCUCGGGGCACAAAAUAAACGUGU